GAAGUGGGUCGGCGCUGGAGCGAGCGCGCCGGGAGUGGAGCGCGGCGGCCGGCAGCCAGCGGGGCAGCCCCGGGUUCCCGCUCACGAAGCCCUCGGGCACGCCCCUCCGGUAGCCGAUACCCAAGACAAUCUAGUUUUUUAUUUUAUUUUAUUUUUUUCCCCUUGCUACCUCCCUCCAGCCACUUGAUGAAGUUUCUCGCCCCGAAACCGUCGCCCUGCAAUGAAGAAGAGGAGAAAGGCGACUCUCAGCCUUGACGACAAGAUCCGCCUGGGCUGUCACCGCGAUCCCCCCGAGGGGCAUGUCGCCGCCGGGGCGCGGGACCCGCUGACCUACGCCCCCCGCGCCGCCCCGAGACCGACCCCCCCAGAGGCUCUCCGCUGCUACCGGGACCUGCCCCCAUCACCGCCGCCGCCACCACCACCGCCUCCUCCCGCCGCCCCCGAUCAGAGGAAGCUCCUGAGCUCCUGGCAGUACCGCCGGAAUCUGCUCACCUACCUGAACGCCGACCGGCAGAAGCAGCCGUCCUUCUGCGACCUGCUCAUCAUCGUGGAAGGGAAGGAGUUCAGCGCCCACAAGGUGGUGGUGGCCGUGGGCAGCAGCUACUUCCACGCGUGCCUGAGCAAGAACCCCAGCACGGACGUGGUCAUCCUGGACCACGUCCCCCACUCCGUCUUCCGGCACCUGCUGGAGUUCCUCUACACGGCCGAGUUCUUCGUGUCCCAGUACGAGAUCCCCCUGGUCCUCGAGGCCGCCAAGUUCCUGGACAUCAUCGAUGCGGUCAAGCUGCUCAACAGCGAAGGCGUCCACCCCCCGUUCCCGCCCCAGCGCCUGGAGCAGCCGCCCCCGGAGGAGUCGCUGAGCGGGUUGACCGGCGGGCGGCUGUCGGAUGACCAUCGGUGCACCUUCUGCAGCAGACACUUCUGUUACAAGAAGUCCUUGGAGAACCAUUUGGCCAAGACGCACAGAUCCCGCUUCUUGGGGAAAAAACAUGGGCUAAACAUGCUGGACAGAGGGUUUUCCGCCAGGAGGUCCAAGAGGAACCGGAGGUGCCCCGUGAAGUUUGAAGACGCCGCCGCCGCCGGCGAUGACCAACGAGAAGGUGGCGACGGGUCAGACAGUUUGAACCGAGACGGUUUCGAGAAGGGGAAGCCCGAUCGGAACGAUUCCGAGGACCCGGGAAGCGAAGGGAACGCCGAGGAAGAUGAGCUAGAGGAGGAGGUGUCCGAUGAGUUCUCGGACACCGAAGGGCCAAGUGACAAGGAGCCGAAUGGUGCAGAGGAGGAGNNNGAGACCGGCGAUUCUGCAGGAAGUAUUCAGGACGGGUUAUCUCCCGUGAUCAUUCAGAUAAAUAACAAAAAAAUCCUGCAGUGCCCCAUAUGCGAUAAAACCUUCGACCGGAUAGGGAAAUACGAGAGCCACACACGUGUUCACACAGGUGAGAAGCCCUUUGAGUGUGAUAUUUGUCACCAGCGCUAUUCGACAAAGUAUAACCUGACUGUUCACAGGAGGAAGCACGGCAGCGAAACCGACUUUCAUAAGAAGGAGCACAAGUGCCCUUAUUGUAACAAACUCCACGCCAGCAGGAAGACGCUCGCCAAGCACGUGAAGAGAUUUCAUCCUGAAAAUGCACAAGAGUUUAUUUCCAUUAGGAAGACCAAGAGUGAAAGUUGGAAAUGUGAGAUUUGCAAGAAGUACUUCACUCGGAGGCCUCACUUGGAGGAGCACAUGAUCCUGCACUCCCAGGACAAGCCCUUCAAGUGCACCUACUGCGAAGAGCAUUUCAAGUCCCGGUUCGCCCGGUUGAAGCAUCAGGAGAAGUUCCAUCUGGGUCCCUUUCCGUGCGACAUCUGCGGCCGCCAGUUCAAUGACACGGGGAACCUGAAGCGCCACAUAGAGUGCACGCACGGCGGGAAGAGAAAGUGGACCUGCUUCAUCUGCGGGAAGUCCGUGCGAGAGAGAACCACACUGAAGGAGCACAUGAGGAUCCACAGCGGGGAGAAGCCUCAUCUCUGCAGCAUCUGUGGGCAGCGCUUCCGUCACGGCAGCUCCUACAGACUUCACUUGCGAGUCCACCACGAUGACAAGAGGUACGAGUGCGACGAGUGUGGGAAAACAUUUAUUCGCCACGACCACCUGACGAAGCACAAAAAGAUACAUUCAGGUGAAAAGGCUCAUCAGUGUGAAGAAUGCGGAAAGUGUUUUGGCCGCAGGGAUCAUCUCACUGUUCAUUACAAGAGCGUGCACCUUGGAGAGAAAGUGUGGCAGAAAUAUAAAGCCACCUUUCAUCAAUGCGAUGUCUGUAAGAAAUUUUUUAAAGGCAAAUCAAGUCUCGAAAUGCAUUUUCGGACGCAUUCAGGUGAAAAGCCAUACAAGUGUCAGAUCUGCAAUCAGUCGUUCAGAAUUAAGAAGACCUUGACCAAGCACCUGGUCAUUCAUUCGGACGCCCGGCCUUUCUACUGUCAGUACUGUAACGCCACGUUCAAGCGGAAGGACAAGCUCAAGUACCACACGGACCACGUGCACGGCAUCAAGUCCCCCGACGACGCUCUGAGCGCUUCCGAGGAGAAGCUCGUGCCCUUGCCCGCGGAGUACUCGUCCGACGACAAGAUCUUCCAGGCGGAAACGAAACAGUACACGGACCAGCCCAAAGCCUAUCAGACGGAGGCCAAGGCGAUGCUCCAGGACGUGUCUGCCGAGGUGUGCGUGCCCGUGACGCUGGUUCCCGUGCAGAUGCCCGACGCCCCGAGCGACCUGGGGCAGCACAGCGCCCCCCUCCCACCGCCUUCGCACGACAUCCUGUCGCCACAGCCACCGGCAGCCGACUACCCACGGGCAGCUGACUUAGCUUUUCUGGAAAAAUACACCCUGACUCCUCAGCCUGCAAAUAUAGUUCACCCCGUCCGACCUGAGCAGAUGCUGGACCCCCGGGAGCAGUCCUACCUCGGGACGUUGCUGGGCCUGGACAGCGCCACGGCCGUGCAGAACAUGUCCGACGCGGAGCAUCACUCGUGAGCAAGCCCACGCGUUCCACGGGUUUCUUGGAUGCCCACGUGCUGGCCGCCUGGUGCAGGUGGCUUUUCAACGAGUAGGGCUGCGAUUUUGUUCAUUUUCAAGUACUCAGAGCCGUCGCAAAUCAAGAAAAAAUACGUAUCUCUGUUUACUGAACAUGUGAAUAUUUGGACACAUAUUGAGGUGACGUUUGGUCUCAUUGACGCUGGCCGACUGAAACGCUAGGAAACAGAACCGAGAUGUUCCGCACACCGUUGUUAGAAAAGGUGCCAAAUUAUCCUCUGUGUGUCUGUCCAAACUCAGUGUUGUUUACUAGUCAUUACAGGGAACCACUGUGUGUGUACAGGUGUACAUGGAACCCAGGUUUAGGCUUGCUUUUCCCAUAGGCCUGGAGUCUAAUUAUCCUUGAUUUUUGUUGUCGUCUGAGACAGAAGUUGAGCACUUGGUGAAGGGAACUGGCAGUUACAGGGACUCCUCACUGAUGACAGUUAACUGAGGAAAAAGUCAGUGAGAUGCCUUUAAAGGUGUGCACUUUCCGUGUCUUCAAGUCAACUUCAACUUCAGCGAGGACACUGUUUUCUAGGAGAGCUGCUGGGAGGUUAGAUAGGCCGAUUCCCGUAGCCUGUCAUUUGUAUGUAAACUGGUGGAAAAUAGCAAUGUGAAGAGUUUGCUAUUUCCGUUUUGUUUACACUCCUAAUUGCUUUAAGCACUUUUUUUUAAUGUAAACUAAUGUCUGGCCCAGCCCUUGUGAGAAAAAAAAAAUCACAAAUAAAAUAAUGAAGUUUCAAUAAAAUUUAGCCACUUGAUGGGGACAGGUGUUGGCUGAAGCACUUAGGGAAGGAAGGUACUUUACAGUUUGUGUGCUGGUGGGAAGAGGAGAAAAAGUGGUGAGGACUGAGGCUACUUACCCCAAGUAGCUCCUGUAAAUAAGAAGACCAGCCCGAGUUUUGCCUCAGUUGUUAAGAUUCGGCUACAGUCAUUCCAGGACCGGUAGAUGGAAUUAAUGUAUGAAUUCUCCUGUUUGGCACAUUCUCUUGUGUGGAAACGAUAAUCUAUCUGGUACUUACAUGGCUGAACUUGACAAUGUGAGGUCCUGUGAGUCUGUUAGUCUUUCAGAUCGACUUUGAGAAAUGCGUAUCCUGAGGAUUUUUAACAUGAAGAACAACACGGCUUUGAACUAAAAAUUUCCUCUUAGGAAAAGAAAUCAUCAUAGCCAGCAGUGUACCCUGCCUCGCAUACAAGCCGCGUGGAAGACUGGGACUUGCAAAAAGACAGAUGGUCUAGACGUGUGUGUACAGGGUGUAUUCUGUUUGGUAGCAGCACAGAAGGGGUGUUGCGUUUUCACAGUGAAAAGGACACUUUGUUUUUUGAAGGUAUUUACUUUAGGGUUCUUUCCAUCACCUAAUGCUUUAAAUACAUGGUUCGAUGGUAGGGAUUGGUUUACAGUAGGCCACUUUUCUGGAAUGCAUCUCUUCCGUAAAAUGAAAUACAAAUCUAUUGAGUUAUUGUAGGUCACUACGCCUGAACAGAGGUUUCUAAAUUGCUUUUGCAAGUUAUCUUCUGCAAACUUCAGACCGAGCUCUGAGGGCGAGUUGGACGUGCUGUCUUCCCAGUUUGGAGAGAGGGUGUCUGAGGCGAAGGACGCAGUUACGCCCCCCUCAUUGAUGAGUGGCAGGUCCCGGCUUCUAGGGAAGGACACGGGGCAUCAGUCCUGCCUCCCAGGUGCCAGGCACCGCGUGUUCUCGCGUCGUCGUCAGCAGGCUGGGCGGGGAAGGGUGAUUCUGACGAAAAAGAGUCUCAGCGGACGAACAAGCAAACAAUCCCAAUCUGCUGCCUCUAAUUUCCAAAUGAGAGCCUAAGACACGCUAAACUGGUGAAAACCUCGUAGAUUUGGGCAAACUGAAUGUAUAUAGUUUUUGAAGUUGGCACAAGAAAUAUGAAAUGAGGCCUCCUCUUUUCCCUUAACCUUUUGUACUAGUUGGGAGUUUCUGGGACAAGUGUCCCAUCGACUCUAAAAUUCGUUACUUCUGUACCUGUACUUAAAUUUUGAAUUUUGCAACUAAGCUUAGCCUCAUUCAGAAUUUUUUAUCUUAUGAGCAUAAUUUAUUGUUUUAAAUUAAUGUUUUAGCUGAUAGCAGUUAGCACUUAAUAUGUAAGUGGAAUAAUUUAUAAAGUGUAGAGAUUUGUUAACCUGCUCCGUUUUUACUUAAAUGCACCAAAGAUUUUAGUAGGUAUUGCAAUAGUUCAAAAGAAUUUAAAUUCUUCGUUGUCUGAAUAAAUAUUUGUCCAAAGAAGCACAGUUGAAGUCCUAGGCUUAUGGAUUUAAAAAGAAAAAAAAAAGGUUAGUUUGAAUACUAAGAUGAAGUGUUUGUGUUUAUAUGUAUAAAAACAAGAACAGAAGAAAGUACUCUGGGAAGAGUCAUACUGACAGAUGAAUCACAAGUAACGCUGUUUUCCUCAGUUUAAUGUAUAGAAUGUUACCUUAAGUGAACACUAUUAAAUGCAUAACAGUAAGCUUAUUUUUUACACUACACUAUUAAAAUCAUUUGCCUUAGAUUUUUUUUUUUAAGACGAGUUGAAGUUAUUUUUGUAUGAAACACUCCACCUAUUUUUUUGCAGUCUAAGAUACCAUGUUAGGUUAGGGUCGGUUCUGCAUCCAGCAAGAUGUCACUAACACCGAAGGUAGUGGUCUUGGCAUCCUUUUAAGUAAUUUAGUCAUUUAUCGCCAUGAGAAGAGCGAGCAGCCAAGAUAGGGCUUAACCUGGUGCUUUUCUAAGUGACUUCCUUUUGGGCGAUGUUAGGUCCACUGAUAACGUUCGGUCGACCUUUUAAAGUGUCAAAGCAUCUUAGCGGAGUAACUAUAAACCGUUAGUUGAGGGCUAGUAAAAUAUCAUGCAUUGUUUUCCAUUCUACAAUGGCAAGACAAGUAAAGACACAGCUAAACUGGUAUGUUGGGUAGUUUGCGUUUUCCUCCUUCCAGAUCAUUCGACCGUGUCCCCGGGGACAAAUCAGACCUGGGGCCCUGGCUCUCUGACCGUCUUGUCUGGAUGGAAUGCUCCAUGCCUUUCUCCUGUGUUGUAGUUGCUUCGAGUUGCUUCCGCCGGCCAGCGUGUGCCGGCUAAUAACGGGGUUUGAUUUUUGUGGUUGUUAUGGGUCUUAUGUGUGUGUGGCCUGCUGGUCAGGCAGCACUUUAUUAUAAUUUUUUUUAGGUUGCUUUAUGUUUACGUAAGGAAAUAGGCACUCACGUACUUCUGUGAAUAUUUGUUGUUUGUGUUUUUAUGUCUCUUUUGGCUUUAUAGUCACUGCAAAGACACUCCCAGGCCUGGCUCUAUACGCUUCUUAGAGGAAUCUAACAAAUAAAAUAAAACGAGUUGUGUGUCUGUCUCUCUGUCUCCUCCCCGCCCUGCCCCCCAGUUUUUUAACCAUCAUCAGUCACCAUAACCACACAGCUCUCUACUGAGCGGUUUCUGAGUUCAGUUUGCCUCAAACUGAACAAGAGGUGGUGAUGGCUUGAAUGAGUUCCCCCUUAGGAGCAGGAGCAACCCAGCCAACCAGCGAACAGCUUGAGCGUAUCAACGCGGGCAGAGGGAGGACUUGGAAAGUCGCAUUGGGGUGACUCGAUUCCGUGCCAAAUUUAAAAUGAUGAGAAUGUACAAGAAGCCAGUGGCUUUUCUAAGACUUUAAAUAGGGUAAUGGGCAAGUGUUACCUGCUAUUAGAGCGAAUGAUGGGUAAUGUGAGAAUCAUUUUCUAACUCGUUGAGAAAAUUAGACAGCUCUUUCUUAGGCCCUUCGCUUGCUUUUGCAUUGCCUCUCGGUAAAGUGCAGGGGUUUCCUGAGGGGGAUCGGCCUCUUUAUUUCCUUCCAAACUGUUUCUUCUUCGCAAUCCUUUUAUGCUGGAAUAUUAGCAUGCCCUCUGCACCUCCUUUGGAAGUAGCCUUAAUAAGACAAAAGUAAUAGGAUUAGCUUGUAUGGUAGAUGAGAGAUUUUGGUAGAGAGAAAGCCUACGUUUUGUUUACUCUUCACGCAUCAACUUGCUAUGUAUCGAUUGAUCUUAAGUCUAUGACUAUUGGAAAAAUUCCCAAAGAAUCUAAAUUUAGCCUCUGUAGCCAUUAUAUAAAUAGAAAUGAAGAGUAUAUUCACGGAAUAGAGGUUAUACAGAGAUGGACAUACCUCUUUCCCCCCCCCCCCCCCAAAUUCUUAAGUAUUGUCAGUGCUUGCAUUACUUUUGGAAAUUCUAAAACAUUUCUUGAAUAAACAGCAUGUACACUUCUCAUGGUUAUUUCUCCUCUUUGCUCGGUAUUCCUGCUUGCGGUAUAGUUGGACAGCACCCUGGGGUGCAAUUACAAAACUUUUAUUCCUGCCAACAGUCGGGCUUGACUUGCAGAUGAAACUGGAGGACAGCUGAUGAGUGUGGCGGCCAACAGAUGAGUGCAGAGGUGAGCGCUGAGCUGCUCCACGCGGCGUAGUACCCGUUAGGAUGAAGGGGACUCACCAUGUUCAUUAAAGGGAAAAUGCUUUCGAACUUCGUUUGCAGUCUCAGGUCCCAAGUUUUGUCUUCAUCCUUAAGGACACGUGUCAGGGCAGUUACAGAGAGAAACCUCAGAUACCCACAGGCGUCAUUUUGUCGUGUAUGACGUUCCCGGGCGAGUUUUCUGGAUACGUUGGCUGUCCCGUGUCUCUUAAGCACCAGUGUCUUUGUAGAAAAGUCCCCGUGUCUGUGAUGAGGAGGAUGUUGUACGCUGAACUAGUUCUCUGUGUUAUUUUGAUACUUAAAAUAAAGUUCUUGGGUCUUCAUAAA